AUGAUACUAGAGAAGUCUUUCAUGGUGAUGCUUUUUGAAUUUGUGCUCAAGCUCGUGCUCCCAUUCGCAUAUCUUUCACAGACAAUUUCUGCUCAAACUACAAAUGCAACGGUUGCCGCGUGGCUUUGGAAGAGAUCUCUGGGACAUGAAAGAGAGAUCCACCACUCUUCAUCAACAGCCGCCGUUUGGGGUGAGCCAACGCCAGAUUAUUCCCUUCUUCAGCUAGGCGGUGAACCACAUCGAAUCCUUAAAACACUUCUCUUUCUCGAUCGAAAAACGACUGAACACUAUGGCUUUGAUUUGGAAGAAGUUCGAAUAAGAGUCAUCGAGUUGAUUCAAGAAGCGAAUUCGUAUUUUAUUCAAUUCCGAUUGGGGCUUGUGCUGGUGGACAUUUUGCAGACAGAUCGAUCCGAUUUAAGUCUCUACUCAUUUCAAGAGUACCGGAAUCAGAGACUUCACAAGCUACCCCAUCAUGAUUUCGCGGUUUUACUUUCGUUCAAAUACGCAGGCGGAUUGGCGUUUGUCGGUGGAAUGUGUACAUCGCAAAGUGUCAUGCUUUGCGGGUUUUUUCCUCAACAACCCUCGGCGAUGGGUUCAAUCUUUUUCCAUGAGGUCGCCCAUUUGAUGGGAGUGCCGCAUAAAGAGGCCAACUCGACGCUCAAAGUUCCCCAGUGCACUUGCAAGCCAGCUAGUAGUGAAUCAAUCGACGAACCGUGUCUUAAAAUCCCUGGGUUUGAUCACGACUGUACCGCUCAACAAUUGGCCAAUAUUGUUUACAAGAAUCGUUGCCUUAAAUCUGGCCACAAAAUGGAGUCGUCGAUCUCGAUUUGUGGGAAUGGAGUGGUAGAAGAGGGUGAACAAUGUGAUUGCGGGCUGGCAGCGCAGUGCUCAACCACUUGGAAUUGCGAGUAUCUAAAGUGUGAAUACAAGAUGCAUCCAAUUUUUCUGUGGAUGAUCUCGUUGUUUCUUUUGUGCGCAUUUCUGCUCAUCUUGUUAAUGUAUGGAUACUGGAGAGGCUGGUUUCUUGGGUUCACAAAGAAAUCCGGGAACAAAUCGACCUUCCAAAAGAAUGUCUACCGAUCACAGUCUUUUCUCAACUAUACAAGCAGUCCAUAUCAUAAAAAGAAGCAUAUUCAGGCUAGUCAGAUAUCUCCGUCAUCGAUUGUUGUGCUUUUGGAUGGUCAACAGGGGCAACCAGGGGCUCCAAUGACACCAAAUUCGGCAUCGAGAUCUCGUCCUAAAUUACCUCCACCUCCACCUCCACCAUCGUCACAACUUGUUUCUAAGUCGAAAAUCAGUGUUCAAUUGCCAAGUGGCUACGAGAUUCCAAACUCUCAACUACAACAACCAGUUAAUGAUAAUAUGGACAACUUGAGUUGGAAAUUCGAUGAUUUUGAUUCAGGUGAUGAAGAUCUGCCACCACCAUUUCAAGGAUAUCCAAUUGGUCAAGUGGGAGUGCCGACAUUGGUCGAAGCUGGGAAUCGGCAUCCAAUCCAACGAGUCACCGUUCAAUAUCGAGGUGGAUCCGAUCAAACGAUGAGCACGAAUUGUCCAUCAACUUCGAAUUCCGAUGCUUCUUUGAUGGCU